AUGUAUCGGCAGUAUGGCAUUCUGAUGCUAGGCAGGGAACGCGUAUUCCGAGAGCGCCUUAAUCCUCUCGACGUGUUCGACGAGUUCGAGCUGCAGCAGCGAUUCCGCUUCGGUUACGACGGCAUCAUGUAUCUGGUCGAGCUUCUUCGGCCAGACCUGGAACCACAGACGCGCCGCAGUCAAGUCGUUUCUACGGAGCUGCAGGUGAUUGUUGCGCUUCGGUUUUUCGCUACCGGGAACUUUCUCAUCACGGCUGGCGACUACGUGCACGUCCACGUAUCCACUGCAUCGCGGAUAGUCAGGAAGUGGGUGUAUGUGACAAUAAUUUUAGUGCACAGAUUCCAGAGCAGACGACAAAUGUUUCAAUGCAGGUGGCCAAAUGAAGCUGAGGCGGCUGAAGUGCAGCAGCAGUUCUUUGAGGUGGCGGGCUUUCCUUCCGUUGUGGGUGCUGUGGAUGGUACGCACAUUCGGAUUCAAGGACCGUCGGACCACGAAGAAGCGUACGUCAACCGCCAUGGCUACCACUCCAUCAACGUGCAGCUAGUGGUGGACGCUGCAUUCCAAAUUCGUCAUGUGUUAGCAAGGUGGCCUGGCAGUGCAAACGACUCCAAGAUCUUCAAGAAGAGCGCCCUUUCCGUAAAGCUAUCCAAUGGAACCUACGACGGCUUGCUGCUGGGCGACAGCGGAUAUGCGUGCGAGCCAUGGCUCAUGACACCCUUCCUGGUGCCCUCGUCAUCGCCAGAGGAGGAAUACAACAAAGCUCACAUCACGACCAGGUGUAUCGUGGAAAGGACCAUUGGCCAACUGAAAAGAAGGUUUAACUGCCUGCACGCUGAGCUCCGGAUGCUACCCAAGAGAUGCUGCGACAUCGUGGUGGCCUGCUGCAUCCUCCACAACCUCGCCAAAUGGUUUCCGUGCAGCCUUCCCAGCACUUCCCUGCCAAGUGAGGUUCCCACCGAUCCCAUAGAAGCAAUACGGCCAGACAGCGUGGCAGCCCGAGCUGCUAUUGUGGCCCGGUUUUUUUCGUGAAUUUCCUCACUUCGCCGCUGGAAACGACGCGCAGCCGUCCUGCACCAGCGACUUGGUCGGAUGCCUGGAGGAGGGAGGGGCUCGUCUGCCCUAAGGCCAAGGUUUCCGGGCUGACCAGCCUCCUGCCUAGCAGCCCGUUCGUGCGGUGGCAGCAGAACUUCAGCAGAGCCAAUACUGUACAGAACCAUGUGGAUGCUGAUUUUAGCCGAGUGCGAAAAAGGCACACAUUUUGCGUUGUUAAAACAAUUCACAGUUUCCAGCAGCCCAUUUUUGUGUUAGGUAUGUUUACGCAGUAUUGGGAAAAGUAGUAAGGACUUAUCUCGGUUGCAGUUUUGUGCCGCCUGUUUAUAGUGAAGCCAGUGUCAUUUGAGAAACAUCUGUCAAUAAUCGGUUCCUUCACUCUACCCUCACCUCGAAUACAUUUUGGUCGGUGUGAAAAUAUUACUGAACUUUACCUUACUAU